AUGGCGGCUGGGGAGCCAGGCUGUCCUGGCGGCUUCUACUUCAGAUUCCUGCCUCAGAGAACCUUCUCGUCCUUGAGCACCCGGGAGAGCACCGGCCGGCUCCGCCAAUGGUCCAUGCUGGGCAGAAUCCAGGCGCAGGCCUUCAGCUUCGACCAGACGUUCCAGCCCUACCAGAAGGAUGAUUUCGUCAUGGCUUUUUUCAGAGACCCAAAUGUUAUUCCAAAUUUGCAGUUACUCUCUGAUUCUUCCGGACAGUGGACCACAUUAGGAGCUGAAGUGAAGAAAAUUGAAGCUGUGAAUGUCCCAUGCACACAGCUUUCCAUGUCUUUCUUCCAACGGUUAUACGAUGAAGACAUUGUACGGGAAAGUGGACACAUUGUCAAAUGCUUCGAUUCCUACUGUGAUCCCUUUCUUGUUUCAGAUGAACUAAGAAAAGUUUUGCUCAUGGAAGACUCUGAAAAGUAUGAAAUCUUCAGCCCACAGGAAAGAGAAGAGUUCCUGUUCUGUGUUUUUAAGCAUCUCUGCCUUGGAGGGUCCCUUUGUCAGUAUGAAGACAUGCUUAAGCCCUAUCUGGAGACAGCGAAGCUGAUCUACAAGGAUCUGGUGAGUGUUCGGAAACAUCCUCGAACCAAGGAAAUACAAAUUACGUCCUCUGUGUUUAAAGUGAAGGCCUACGACUCUGCUGGCCUGUGCUACCCUUCAGCUAAAGAGCAUGAACAGACAUUCUCUUACUUUGUCGUGGACCCCAUCAAGCGCCAUGUGAAUGUCUUAUACCAUUGCUAUGGUGUCGGGGAGAUGGCCUAGCGUUGUUUAAGCCAU